GCCGCAGCCGCAGCCGCGGCGGGCGGAGCGUGGUGCGUGAGCGCGGCCCGGCCCCGGCUCAUUACUCAGCGGCUGAGGCCGGAGGCGGCGGGCGGCCAGAAGCAAAAUUUGGAUGAAGUGAACUAACUAAGUCGCCGUCAUGAGUAGGAGCAAGCGUGACAGCAAUUUCUACAGCGUUGAAAUUGGAGACUCUACUUUCACUGUGUUGAAACGGUAUCAAAAUUUGAAACCAAUAGGAUCAGGAGCACAAGGGAUAGUAUGUGCAGCUUAUGAUGCCAUCCUUGAAAGGAAUGUUGCAAUCAAGAAGUUAAGCCGACCGUUUCAGAACCAAACCCAUGCUAAGAGAGCCUACAGAGAGCUUGUUCUUAUGAAGUGCGUUAAUCACAAAAAUAUAAUCGGCCUACUGAAUGUGUUCACACCACAAAAAUCCCUGGAAGAAUUUCAAGAUGUCUACAUUGUGAUGGAGCUCAUGGAUGCAAAUCUCUGCCAAGUGAUUCAGAUGGAGCUAGACCAUGAACGAAUGUCCUAUCUUCUUUAUCAAAUGCUCUGUGGUAUCAAACAUCUUCAUUCAGCUGGAAUUAUUCAUAGGGAUUUAAAGCCCAGUAAUAUAGUAGUAAAGUCAGACUGCACUUUGAAGAUUCUUGACUUUGGACUGGCCAGAACUGCAGGAACUAGUUUUAUGAUGACGCCUUAUGUAGUGACUCGUUACUACAGAGCACCAGAGGUCAUCCUAGGGAUGGGAUACAAAGAAAACGUGGAUUUAUGGUCUGUGGGGUGCAUUAUGGGCGAAAUGGUUUGCCACAAAAUCCUCUUUCCAGGAAGGGACUAUAUUGAUCAAUGGAAUAAAGUUAUAGAGCAAUUAGGAACACCAUGCCCCGAAUUUAUGAAGAAAUUGCAGCCUACAGUCCGAACUUAUGUGGAGAACAGACCUAAAUAUGCUGGAUAUAGUUUUGAAAAGCUCUUUCCAGAUGUCCUUUUCCCAGCUGACUCUGAACACAAUAAACUUAAAGCAAGUCAAGCAAGGGAUUUGUUAUCAAAAAUGCUGGUUAUAGAUGCUUCUAAAAGAAUCUCUGUGGAUGAAGCCCUGCAGCACCCAUACAUCAAUGUUUGGUAUGAUCCAUCAGAAGCAGAAGCUCCUCCACCAAAGAUACCAGAUAAGCAGUUAGAUGAGAGGGAGCACACGAUAGAAGAAUGGAAAGAGUUGAUAUACAAGGAAGUCAUGGACCUGGAGGAGAGAACCAAGAAUGGGGUUAUACGCGGCCAACCAGCCCCUCUAGGUGCAGCAAUGAUCAAUGGCUCUCAACAUCCAUCUUCAUCAUCAUCUGUCAAUGAUGUGUCUUCAAUGUCAACAGAUCCAACAUUGGCCUCUGAUACAGACAGCAGUCUAGAAACCUCAGCUGGACCUCUGGGUUGCUGUAGAUGACUACUUGGUCUUUUGGGGGGUGGGAGGGGGGUCCUUUUAGUCAUUAAUAGGGCACUUUUAAAAUUUGGUGGUAUUUUUGAGUGUUUUUUCAAAAAUAAUCAUGGAAUUCAUCAUAAAGUGCUGUAAUUUCAAACUGUAAUUUGUGUUAAAAGCAGCCACUUUUUUGCUGUAAUUACCUGUAAAAUAUUAAACCUGAUAAUUUUUAUUGUGGUUUUAAAAUCUGCAUAUUUGCUUUACUAUUAUGCUGCUGAUCUUUUUUUACUGAAUUUGUAAGAUUUGUUUUAUCAAAGCACAUAUUAAUGUUGUGGUCAUUACCAUAUAAUGAAUUAUUUAAGAUUUUAUAGGUUUUCAAUUUUUUAAUUAGAAUUUAUUCCAGAUGUUUUGUUCAUGAUAUCCUUUAGAGUUUUAUGCUUGGUCAUAUAUCUGUGUCUAGGUGGAGGGGGAGAGAAUUCAGUGCAGCCAGCUGUAGUUUUGGGCAUACUACUGGGGUGCUGGCAGUUAAAAAUAUCCUCUUUUAUUUUGGCCACUUGCCUGUAAUACUUCAGCAAAAGCAACAAUUAGUGAGUUUUUUUAGAGAAAAAAAAUCCUUUGCAAAAUAACAUUGUCUGAAUGGGUUUAUGAACAUAAGAAAGCCAAGCAUAUCUUCAAAGCUGCAGAAAUACCCAGCCUAGCAAAGUAAUGUGAUGUUUUCUGCAGAGUUGUGGCAUGCCAAAUCUUGUGAUCACCAUAAAACACAAGGAUACUUCAUGAAUAAUACAUUGCAAUGCCAAUAAACUGUUUACUUUUAGCUUGAGCCUGUUUUUGUACACACAAAACAAAGUGUAUCCAGGAUGUCUAGACUGACAAAAAGGAAAAUGAAUAUGCUGUAGCUAUACUUUCAUAUAAGACAUGAUUCUUAGGAGCUGUAGUUCUUACUGGUUUUGUCUACUAGGGCGAGUGUUUUUUGGGUCAAAGAGGGAAUGACAUGAAUGCAAUAGGGGCAAAACUUCAGCUACUCUUUCUCCACCAAAAAUACUGAUUGCUAAAAACCAUUAAGUGGUAGGAGAACCUCAGGAUUUCUGUAGCUAAUGCAUUAAUGAGCAAUAUAUGCCAUCCAAAGGAGGGAGAAAUAGUGCUGUAUAAAUUAAUAUUUAUCUCUUUCACUUACCAUGAGAUCAGUGUAGCAGAAAUCUUAACAAUGGUUCAUUUUAAGUCAUAAAUAGUCAGUGGUUUUCAUCACCGAAGCUCCAGGCUUCAAUACACUUUUUAAACAAAAGAUAUAUUGAGAUAUAUAGAACACUUACUAAAUAGUCAUGUAAGAUGGUGCUGCUCAUCACAGAAGUAUUUUAACUGUUUACAUUUUAUAUUUACAGAAUGAUUUAUGUGUAACUGACUUAAGUUUGAGUUAAACAAUCAUUCAGAAUUUAUUCCUUUGGAAAAUGCAGAUUUUUAGUGAAACUAGGUUGUAUAAUUGAUUGCCUCGUGUAGAUGCAUAUUUUGUGUAGUGAAUUAGAAUGUGAAGAGCAAUUUAAAUUAGUAAUGCUCACAAAAAUGGGCAUAAAUACAGAAGUCUUGCCGGGCGCUGAGCAUAAGCAAGUAAUGUAACUGGCUACAGAUGUCGUCUAGGAAUGACUGGUCUUCAGUGUGGUUCCUUCUGCUUGUUGGGUUAAAUAAGUAUCUUUUUGAAGUUCUAACUGAAAGAGGAAAAUUUGUCUUUACAGUAAGUUUCAGAACAAUAGAAGUGAUAGUAAUGCUUUUGAUAUCUAACAUGUCUUUUUAAAAAACAUGCAGGGUUUACAAGAAAUUGUAAUGUCUCAAAGAUGACUAAAUUGAUAAACUGCACAAUUGUUUUCCUGA